AUGUUUGAUUCAUUCAAUAUUGGUUAGAGUAUAUAUUAAAUUUUUAAAUCAAGUAAAUCCUUCAUGGUUUAUUCUAUUCUAUAAAUCCUAAUGUCAACAUUCUUAAAAGUUUUUACCAAAAUGGGAAUAUCUAGGUUAUCAAAUUAAAAAAUUUAUCAGUGUUGGGGCUGUUGAUUGGUAAAAAUUAUUAAUUAUUGUAGUGAAAUUGAAAAAGAUUUGUGCAGCUUAUUUUAAAUCAAUGAAGUACCAACUAUGAUUUUGUUUAAAAAGGAUGCAAAUCUUUAUCAAUAUAGUGGAAAUAGAACUUAUGAAUCCUUCUAUUAAUUUCUUGAGAAAGAUUAUUAAGAUUAUAAAAUGGAAACAUAAUCCUACCAAGAAGCGCAUUUUAAUCUUACAAACAAUAUUAAUUUUAUUGUUGCUAAUAUUAAUAGGCUUUCUGAUUUGAGUUUAUUUCUAAAAAAAGUAUCAAAAUUCAUUAAUAUAGAGUUAAGCAAAUAAUAGCUCAAUUUAGGAAAUACCAGGAUUCUAUAAAUCAAUGGAGGUCUGA